GACGUCACAAAGCCGUGACGGCCCAUCCCACACGAACUCACGGUCCGUCAAAACACCUCUAGUCCCCCGUUCCAAUUCAUGAUCCAUCUCCGCUAACGUCGUCGUUGGCGAAACCCCCCACCCUUAACCCUAACUGACGGUCCCCUCUAAAAUGGCUUCCUCCUGUGACGACUUCUCUCUCCUCGAUGACGAUCACGAUCACGCUCACCACCACAGCCACCAAUCUAACCCUAACCCUAACCAUCCUCACCCUAGCUCUCAUCACCUCCACCAAACCUACGCGCCUCACCGAUUCUCCACCAGAGCGACGACUCAGAUCCACGCGCCGCCGACGCAGCAGCAGACUCAGUCGAUUAUAUCCUCCUCCAUCGCCGCGAGUCCGCAGGGAAUCAACGGCGGUGAGCAGCAAGAAGGGGAUGAGGAGGAGGAGGAGGAAGAGGACGAUGGCGAAGAUUACAAUGACGCUGGUUUUUGUUCGAAUCCGUAUGAUAAUGGCGGUGCUGAGCCGAAUCGGGUUAGAGUCGAUGUGCGGAGCGAGAAGAGGAAGGAUCGCGAUGAGCUCAGCGAUGGAGCUAACAAUUACGGGUAUAACAAGAAAUCGAAGCCCUCCGGCAGUGCUGGAGCUUCCGGUGGAGAGUAUCGAAAGGACAGGGAGGAGUGGAGCGACGCGGCGAUCGCGUGCCUUCUCGAUGCGUAUACGGAUAAGUUCACGCAGCUGAAUCGAGGGAAUCUGAGAGGGAGGGACUGGGAGGAGGUGGCGGCGACGGUGAGCGAGCGGUGCGAGAAGCAGACGAAGAGUGUGGAGCAGUGUAAGAACAAGGUGGACAAUUUGAAGAAGCGGUACAAGCUCGAGCGCCAGAGGAUGACCAAUGGUGGCAUUUCGGUUAGCCACUGGCCGUGGUUUAAGCACAUGGAGAACAUUGUCGGGAAUUCGCUGCCGGUGAAGGCUGCAGCCGGCGGUGAUGACGACAAAGGCGGUGGAUCUUCCGCGACCACGCCGAGGCAAUCAAAGAGAUCUGCAAUUGCAAUGCCUGGUCCUGUGGGUCCAAUAAACAAUGUCAAAUCAAAAUCAAUGUCAAAUCCUAGAUGGCGGAGAGUAGUCUUCAAAGUUAGUGGUGUUGCUCUUGCUGGCACUGGCCCUAACAAUAUUGACCCAAAGGUGGUAAUGUUGAUUGCAAGAGAAGUUGCAAUUGCUUGCCGCCUUGGUGUAGAGGUGGCAAUUGUUGUUGGAGGUCGUAACUUCUUUUGUGGAGAUACAUGGGUAACUGCAACAGGUUUAGAAAGAUGUACUGCAUACCAGAUAGGAAUGAUGGCAACUGUGAUGAAUUCUGUAUUGCUCCAGUCAGCAUUAGAGAAGUUGGGUGUUCAGACGCGUGUACAAACUGCAUUCACAAUGUUGGAGGUUGCUGAACCAUAUAGUAGGCAAAGGGCCAUCCGGCAUCUUGAAAAAGGCAGAGUUGUAAUUUUUGGUGGCAUUGGUUCUGGUUUUGGACACCCAACCUUUUCCACUGACACAGCUGCUGCUGUUCGAGCUUCAGAAAUUCACGCCGAUGCAGUCCUCAAGGGUACCAAUGUUGAUGGUGUGUAUGACUGUACCUCCCGUGACAACAAUUUUACCUUUGAGCACAUCUCUUUCAGUGAUUUGACCGCCAGAGGUGCCACCUCCAUGGACACAAUGGCACUGAACUAUUGUGAUGAGAACAGCAUUCCUGUCGUGGUCUUUAAUCUUCUAGAGCCUGGAAACAUCUCAAAAGCGCUAUGUGGAGAGCAAGUUGGUACACUGAUUGAUCAAAGUGGAAGGAUUAGCUAACAUUUAUGAAACACUGGCCUGAUGCAUUAUUAGGUCUUGUAACCUCAGAUGUAUGUCAAGUCAGUAGACCUUAGAAGAAUUGGCGGGCACCUUAAUUCAGCUGCCAGCUACUAUUUGUUGAGGCUUGAAUGGUUCUCUUAAUUUAUAAUUUGCCACCUAAAGUAUACAUGAGUGGUGUUAAGGUUCCGACAUGCCAGAUGCUAAGCACUGAUUAUUUCCAGUGGUUGCUUUGUUUGAUACCUGCAUCUUAGUGAGGUGCUAUUUCUCCUGUAUUUUUAUAAUUGUAAAUGUUGUUAACUUAACAGCAGCAUUAGUUGGAGUAGAAUAGUUUAGUAACGGUGAGUGUACUGGUAGUGGUUUUGAGAGCAAGAUAUACAGUUCAAAGUCAUGAGUCACAUUAUAGAUUGAAAUUGUUUUACUGUAUCAUGUAUUAUGAAAUUCUGAUAUAUUUAAUGUGCUAUUAAACUGCUAA